CUUUAGAAACGGAGGGAGUAGAUUAAAAAAUAGCGCCAACUGCGUAAAAAAAAGAGAGCGCCAAGUGUUGUUCCGAUAAGUAUCGGAUUGGAUUAGAAAUUGUGCCUGCCCGAAGCGUGACGAUAAAACAAAUCAGAUUUCGAUCCCAGCUUUCCCCGACCUUCGCUGCCCUAGUUUUCGAUUCCCACUUUCCCCGAUCUUCGCCGCCCUAGUUUUCGAUCCCUAGUUUCCCCGAUCUCGACUCUCGCAGUUUGCGCGCACCUCGUCGAACAUGGCAGCGAUCAUGGCGGCGCGCGGGCAGGGGCAGGUGCAAGAUUUCGACUUCUUCGUGGUGGUCGACUUCGAGGCGACGUGCGUGAAAGACGCGCGGAUCUUCCCGCAGGAAAUCAUCGAGUUCCCCGCCGUGCUCGUCGACGGCGCCACCGGCCGCAUCGAGUCCGCGUUUCGCAGGUACGUUCGUCCAAAACAUCACCCUGUGCUGACCGAGUUUUGCAGGGAACUCACCGGCAUCCGGCAGGAGGACGUGGACGGCGGCGUGGAUCUUGGCGAGGCGCUCUGGAUGCACGACAAUUGGCUGAAGGCGGCGACGGCGGGGGCAGGGAGCUUGGCCGUCGUGACGUGGGGAGAUUGGGAUUGCCGCACCAUGCUCGAGUCAGAGUGCCGUUUCAAGGGGAUCGAGAAGCCCUCCUACUUCGAUCGCUGGAUCAACCUGAGGGUCCCCUUCCAGGCGGCGCUCGGCGGCGGAGGGCGGGUCACCCUUCAGGAGGCGGUCCGGGCGGCGGGGCUGGACUGGGAGGGCCGCCUGCACUGCGGGUUGGACGACGCGCGCAACACGGCGCGGCUGCUCGUUGAGCUCAUGCUGCGUGGGGUCAAGAUGACCAUCACCGGCUCGCUGGCGCCAUCGCCGCCGAUCCAGCAGAAGCAGCAGCCGCCGCAGUUACUUACAAGCCCUUGCGGUGGCUCAUCGGCGCUGGCGACGCCGCUGAUCCAGCAGAAGCAGCAGCAGCAGCAGCAGCCGCAGCCACACAUGAUAAGCCCCUGCGGUGGCACCUCUGCGACGUGCUUCUGCUACUGCAGGGUACCGACCAGAGGAGGCGUGGUGUCCAUGCCAGGGCCGAUGCAGGGGAAGUGCUUCUUCGGCUGUGGCAACUGGACGCCGGCCAUGGGACCCGUGUGCCCCUACUUCGUAUGGACCAACUGAAUGAACCACCCAUGGCAGGGCACAGAAUCAGUGUAGCUCAGCUGUUAGUGUAAAUCGUGCUAGCCAUCAGAAUCAGAGUGUAGCUCGGCUGAUUCUAGCCAGUCUAGGUGUGAAUAUGGUCUCUGGAACCAAACGUGGCCAAUGGGGCUACUCUUGAUGUAAUUGGUGUCUGAAUUAGUAUUAUUAUGAAUAGAAAUUCUUUUUAGUUA